AUGCUGUCUAUAAAAUGGUUUCUGUUUAUUAUGGUCUGUGCAGCGACAGCAACACAAGCCAGGGCAUGGUUUGCCCGAUGUGAAAAUCGUCGUUCCAGAUGCUAUGGAAAAUCGUUUUCCUGUCCGUCGGACUGUGCCGAGAUUUGCCACGUCAACUGCAGGCGCUGCAAGCCCCAAUGUAACAGCGCAGCUUCUCUGUCUGCGGCCUGUGACAAGCCGGGUGCGGUGUGCCACGACCCGCGGUUCGUAGGCGGGGAUGGCAAUAUGUUCUAUUUCCACGGCAGAAAGGACCACGACUUCUGCCUUGUCUCCGACCCGGAUGUACACAUCAACGCGCACUUCAUGGGCAAAAGCGCAACCCAGGAGCAAGAGCUGAAGCACGACUUGACGUGGGUAAAGUCUAUCGGCGUGCGCUUCGGUUCCCAUCAGAUCUACCUCGGCGCCAACAAAGUCGCUCGCUGGGACAGUGCCCUGGACCAACUCACGCUCCUUGUAGAUGGACAAAGCGUCGUCCUCUCGCCCCGUAGAGGAGCCCAGUGGGAGGACCGGUUGAUCCCAUUGAAGAUCACACGUCUCCUGAAUGUUAAUGCUGUAAUACUGCAAGUGGCUGACAGAUUCAGUCUAACGGCCUGGGUGGCUCCCGUUACGGCCGAGGAGUCUAGGGUUCAUGGCUACGUGAUUAGUGAAGAUGACUGCUUUGCGCACUUGCAGCUAAACUUUAAGUUCUUUGAGCUCAGCCCUAAUGUGACCGGCGUGUUGGGGCAGACGUACUCCUCUAGGGUUAAAAGCCACUUGGAAGUGGGGGCUGUUAUGGAAGGGGAGGAUAAAUUUGAAGUGUCGCAUCUCUUUGCUACAGAUUGUAAGGUUGCCAGGUUUAGCGAAGAAACGGAAACGCGGUUCGGGUUCUUUAGGAAGUUACCAACGGUUUCAUGCGCCAGUGAGAAUGCGGCAGGGAGCGGUAUUCUGUGUCGCGGUUAG